AUGAAUAAGCUUUGGGUUGCUUUAACUCUUGUACUUGUAUUUGCUGUAGCAUUAACAAUUGCUUUGACUUUGACAUUUGUCUAUAAGGGCAGGAAAAAGGAAGAUAAAGAAGACAAAGAGGAAAAAGUCAAGAAAGUAGUUUGGAAAUUCAAAGUAGAAGAACUUGAUUCUGUUUUGAAACCAAGUGAGAAUGUUCUUGAAUUUGAUCUUAAUGGAAAUUCCGAUCAGACUCUCGGUAAAUAUAAAUUGACCUUAAAACCUGUUUCUCAUACCUUUGAUAAAACUGAGUUGAGUGGUCGUGCAUUUACUUCGGAGCCAGAAAUGAGAUUAAAAGGCUUCUCAGGUGAUGUCAGUGAAGUUUCAUUUGAUAAAGUAGUCCUAUGUUCUGGUUUUACUACCUUUCUUAAGGAUGAUAAAGUUGACUUUGUUAGUUUGUGGCAUAGUGGAGAUUUUCACCACUAUUCUACCAAGGGAGAACUAUUAUCUAAAGGUCCAUUCCCUUUCGCUGCUGGUGACCCAUCUAAGAGUCCUGAUAAGCUUGAUUUGCCCAAAGGUAAAGAUUUAGAGCCUACCAAGCCUCCAGUCAUUCCUCCAGUACCUAAGGAACCUGAACCUACCACACCUAAGGAACCUGAACCUACCACACCUAAGGAACCAGAACCUACCACACCUAAGAAAGAAGAAGAAAAGGAAAAGGAUGAGAAAAAACCUUACGAGAAGUUUAUUCGACUUGAAGAUAUUGUUGAUGGAGAUGCUGUCAUUGAUUUAUCUCUUUACACUUUCGCUACUCAAGAAAAACCAUAUGAAUAUGAAGUGAAUAAAGUUACGGUUAAAAUUUCCCUAGCUAAUGAAGUUGGACAAUUUAAAUCAUUUGUAUACGAACGUAAAGAUGGAAAAAUAUUUAAGCCAGUUCUAUCUUUUGAUGGAACAUAUGUCAAGCUUCCAGAUUCUUCUGUAAAACAACUUAGAUCUUUUUUAAACGAGCGUGGUGAACCACUCGUUGUAACUUAUCUAGAUAGUGAUCGUAAUCGUAAAUCUUGGGCUCACAAAGGUAAAAAUGAAUGGGAAUUAAGGUUUGAGAUUUUAACCGAGGGUUUACUUGAACAUUUUGCGGCCUUUUUAGAUGGUUCAACAAUUUUGGAUGUCUCUGUCAAAUCAGGAUCAUAUGACGGUGGAUUAUAUACGGUUCAGGUUUCUGAAACUACUCAUGUUGAAAGGAAAUACCAAGAUUUUAGAUCAUUUACUCACAAAUUUUAUGAUGUCUCGGGAACUGGUACAAAUGUUAAAUCUAAAGUUUACAAAUAUAAACUCAGAAGUUUAGAAUUAGUUGGAUUGUCACUUAAACCUGAAGUUGAUCGUGUUGUUGUUUAUUUCUCAAAAUUUGAUGAAGAACUUGUUAAACCAUUCAUGAUAACCCUUUUCGUCGAACUUGCCGAACUUAACUAUGUAUACACAAUUGAUAAUACCUAUUCCCUCGAAACUGACAAUGAAAAGAUUUUACCUAAACUUGAAUUAUUUGCUUCUAGGUUUACUCAUUUUGCAAGUAUCGACCCAACAAAACGUGAAACAUAUAGCCCAUCAAUUUUUGAAUCUUCUAUUUAUUUAUAUUCUAAAGUUGUUGUAGAAUGUCAAAAUCAUAACCCAUCUAAACAAUUCGUAAAAUGCGUCCACACAUUAGAAUCUCAAAGUCAGCGUGUUCCAUUUACUGUAUCAUCUGUUAGAAAAUUUUUUCUUAGUCCCCCCGAUACCAAAGUAACAAGCGUUGAAGUAUUUCACGUUCGUAGUGAUAAACCCGGCCUUUUACUCAGAUUUAUAUCUUCCUCUGAACCUGUCACUUAUCUGCUCAAGGAUGGACAAUAUAAUAGAAGUUCUUUUGAUGAUAAAGAAUUAACAGAAAUGCUCAGAUUUGCUUCCUACACUGAAGCCAACUACAUAAAUGUUGAUUUUUAUAACUACUCAGCUUAUUGUUAUAAUGGUACUUUUCAUGAACCAAAACAUCCAUCAAAGACCGUAAUUGUCAAAUCCGAAAAUCACAAACUACUCCAACACGUAAUGAAGGUAGAACACACAUUGGAAAAGAAAUCUGGUGUCAAAGAUUUGUUUAAAGUUUUCGAAACAAAUGGAUUUUUAGCUGACUUGCCAGAUGAAAAGUUUAAAAGUGUAGAUGUGUAUUUUUCAUUCCGUGUUGCAAAUCAUGCACUUAUGGUUGUUUUCUUUUCUGAAACAAGUCAUUUCGUUUAUACUUGGAAUGGUCGACAAUAUGUUCACGAAAAAAAUUUAAAAUUAUAUAAUUUAGCAACAAGACUUAAAACUUUGUUAUACAAAGUGUUUGAAGUUCUUUAUCUUGAUUUGACACCUACUGGGCAAUUCAGUAUCAAAUAUGUGGAUUCAGAAAACAAAGUUGAGGAUGUCAAAGUUGAAGUUAAAGAUCUCGGUGAUUUCGCGGAUCCAAUUAGUGGUUCAACUGAUUCAACUAUUAAAAAAAAUCUCUAUACUCUACCAAAGUGCACUGAAAUAAGGUUAAUAGACGGUAGCUUUUAUGCACUAAAAAGUUCUGAAUCCCAUUUUUUUACUGCUUUGGUUUUUCAUUGGACUCAUAAUAGUGUUAAAAAGCCAGUAUUUUUAACAAUAUCCACUGAUAAAAAAAUUGUUUAUUUGAGAUUAACCAAAUCAGUAAAAAAAUGGGAAGAAUACCACCAUGGAUAUGAAAUUAUGAAAUUUUUACCAGAAGCAAUAAGAGCCGCAUCAAGCUAA